CAAAGCGGUUCAUCUGUGCGUUGUACAUCUCCUUAGGAAUGAGUCCGGUCCUUUUUAUAGAUUCGGGAUAUUUCAGGUUUAAAGAAAAAACUAAAUUGUAAUGGCUUCCAUCUAGGAGAUAAUGCAUGCACAUAUAGUCUCAGUGUGAAAACCGGUUUAGAAUAUCAUUGUGUCUUUUUCGGUCUAUUAUCCACAAAGUUGCUUUCAGGUUUUUUGACUUGACCCACUCUUUUGAAUAUCAACAUGACAACUCACUUUCAGACACUCAGGCACAACAAUCAAUCAACCUGUUUAUGAGUUAAUGAUAAAUAAAUUAAACGUUAACACAUGAAAAUUCCUAUAUAUGUUUGUAUGCAUGUGUACACACGCAUAGUAAGAUUCUAAGGAAACAGAGAAGACAACACAAAGAAAAUGAGAUCCUCUACUCAUAGUCGCCGCGGCUCCUCCCCCUUGGCUGCCUGUUUCCACCCUUCCACCGCCGCUACCAACGAAGAUACAUCGUCUUCUCUUCCAUCACCAUCAGCUACAUCGUAUUUUACCGGCGACCUCCCAAACCCAACCACCACUUGCAACUACCACACUAACGUCGGCGUUUUCUUCCUCUCAUGGUCUCAGUCCUUCCUACGCCGCUCUCUCCACCUCCAUUUCUACCACUGCAGCUCCGCAAAUUGCUAUCUCCACUCUCCCGAUUGCUACAGCCGCUCUGCUCCAUUCACUUUCAGACUAGAGAUCAAGCCUCUGACCUUCUGGAGAAAACAUGGAUCCAAGAAGAUAUCUAGAAAGCCUGAUAUUCGAGUCACGUGGGACCUGACUCAUGCAAGAUUUGGUUCAGGACCCGACCCGGUGUCCGGAUUUUACGUAGCCGUCCUUGUCUCCGGCAAGGUCGGUCUUCUGGUCGGAGAUUCUCUGAAACAGAGGCCCGAGAGACAAAUCUUGGUGUCGAGAGGUGAGAAUCUGUUUGGAAACAGAGUGUACCAUACGAAAAUCAAGAUUAAAGGAAAAGUAAGAGAGAUCGGUAUAGAUGUUAAGGUUCAUGAUGAUGCUACUCUCCGGUUUAGCGUAGACAAUAAAAAGGUUUUGAAGAUUGAGCAGCUUCGGUGGAAAUUCAGAGGAAACGCUAAGGUCGUGAUCGAUGAUGUGACAAUACAGAUAUCAUGGGAUGUAUACAACUGGAUGUUUGUUGACAAGGAUAAAGCUAAUCUGGCUAAAGUCCCUGCCGUGUUCUUGCUUCGGUUUGAGAAUCAAGAAGUGGAAGGGAACGAUGUGUUGAUGAUGAAGAAGCGUGAGCGGGACUGCGUCGUCUUGGGGAAGGAGAACUCUCGAAUGCUGUCGUUUAGGGCGUCUUCGUAUGGUCACUGGUCUUCUUCUGUAAUGGAGUGGUCGACUUGUAAGGAGGAAGAUGAAAGGAGCUUUGGACAUAAGAGUUGGUUUUCUUUGGUUGUCUAUGCUUGGAGGAAGUAAAAUGACUCUUGGCAAUAGUUUCUCGAAAUCCCACCAUGGCUAAAAUAAGGAAUCCCAAUAUACCAAAGAUUAGGUCAAAUUAUCUAAUUGUUGUUAUGGCUUUCCUAUAAAUUACUUGUGUAGUUGUGUAUAUUUUUUUAGAAAUUUUUUACUCUUAUAAAGAGAUCCAUCA